CCGGGAGGCGCCGCCGCUCUGGGCAGACGGUUCCGGUCGCUCCACGGUCCCCCCUCCUGUCCCUUACCCUCCCCUCCCCCGACAUCCCCCCAGCGGCCGGACCCCGGCGCCGACCGCUCCCCACAUGGCCUCGGCCCGGGAGGACCCCAUUCUGGAGCGUUAUUUUAAAGGCCACAAAGCUGCGAUCACCUCCGUGGACUUUAGCCCCAAUAGUAAACAACUUGCUACUGCUUCUUGGGAUACGUUUCUCAUGCUAUGGAAUUUCAAGCCACAAGCUAGAGCUUUCAGAUAUGUGGGUCACAAGGAUGUUGUAACCAGCGUGCAGUUUUCUCCACUUGGAAACUUACUGGCAUCUGCCUCACGAGACAGGACCGUUAGACUCUGGAUUCCUGAUAAGAAAGGGAAAUCCUCUGAAUUUAAAGCUCAUACUGCUCCUGUUCGAAGUGUAGACUUUUCGACUGAUGGCCAGUUUCUAGCUACAGCUUCUGAAGACAAAUCCAUCAAAGUAUGGAACAUGUAUCGCCAGCGCUUCCUAUAUUCCUUGUACCGACACACACACUGGGUACGCUGUGCCAAAUUUUCACCUGAUGGAAGACUAAUUGUAUCAUGUAGUGAGGAUAAAACUAUUAAAAUUUGGGACACAUCAAAUAAGCAGUGCGUUAAUAACUUUUCAGAUUCUGUAGGGUUUGCAAAUUUUGUGGAUUUUAACCCUAAUGGUACAUGCAUAGCUUCAGCAGGUUCUGAUCAUACUGUGAAAAUCUGGGAUAUAAGAGUGAACAAAUUACUCCAGCAUUAUCAAGUUCACAGUGGUGGAGUUAAUUGUGUAUCAUUCCAUCCUUCGGGUAACUAUAUCAUCACUGCUUCUUCAGAUGGUACGCUUAAGAUUCUUGAUCUCUUAGAAGGAAGGCUCAUAUAUACACUUCAAGGACAUACGGGACCUGUCUUUGCUGUUUCAUUUUCAAAAGGUGGAGAGCUGUUUACAUCAGGAGGUGCAGAUGCACAGGUCUUAUUAUGGAGGACUAACUUUGAUGAAUUGAAUUCUAAAGAUCUUAUUAAAAAAAAUCUCAAAAGAUUGCACUUUGAUUCACCUCCACAUCUUCUUGAUUUCUACCCAAGAACACCACAUCCUCAUGAUGGAAAAAUUGAGACUGUUGAAAUUAAUCCAAAACUAGAGGUAAUGGAUUUGCGGACUUCUAAUCCUCCUGUUGUGGAUGUCUUUUCUUUUGAUUCUACCAUGAUGAUGGAAACCACUGGUAGAACCCCACCAGACAAAGGUGAAGAAGUCAAUGGAUACUUCUUGAACCCUUCAUUGGUGUCAGCGGAUUGUUCACCAGCAACCUCAAAAAAGAAAACAGAAGACAUGAGCGAAUUUCCCUAUGAGAGCCAAAGAAGCAUCCCGCUGGCUGUGACGGAUGCCUUAGAGCAUAUUAUGGAACAGCUCAAUGUAUUGACGCAGACUGUUUCCAUCUUGGAGCAGCGACUGACUUUGACAGAGGAUAAGCUCAAAGACUGCCUUGAGAAUCAGCAAAAGCUUUUCUCUGCUGCCCAGCAGAAAAGUUGAAUAGAAAAGUAUAAGUAGAGGCAUGGAAAUGAAUGCAUGUAAAUAUACUUAGGAAGGGAAUGCAGGAUGCCUCAUGCAAUGGAACCAUAUGCUAAUGAUCAUGGCAUUUCUCAAAAGAAUGAGCAGCAGAGCCAAAGAUAGAAAAGGCAUAUUUAAGGACUAAUUUGAACACACAAAUCAAUGUCAAGAACUAAUUUAAAAUAUUGCCAUUUAUAAUUGCAGUAAAAUAAAUUGAUAACCAUUCAAGUGACUGUAUUCCCCCUCCCCCAUAUUAUUUUAAAUGUCAGUUUUCAUUUAUAGUUGAAAUUCUGUCAGGAAAAUAACCAAAUCUCUGAAUUUCAUUGUUAAAUCAUUUCAGAUUGACCAUGUCCGGCAAUUCCGUAAAGCAAUUAAGGUAUUUCUUUAAGGAAUAACCCCCAUUGGGGUGAAAUUGUAUCCUGUAAGCAGAGAAUGAAUUACUGAAAUUCAAAAACCACAGAAUUUCCAAGCAAGAAUACAUUUAUUUUAUUUAGAAAUGGCACAUAUGUGACAUAGGCAAUGAGUUUUAUUUAAUUUAGGGUGUACAUUUUUUACCCAUUGCCCAAUCUGAAGGAAAAUGAAGAGUUAGAAAUACAUGAAGCACACGUAUCUUCUCUUUCACAGGUGAAUGCGCUGAAUGAUUUGGGUAAUGUGAUCACAGUUCAAAAGGAUUAUGUUAGUGUGAUUUCAGUGUGCUCAAAAGCCAGAAUAGUGCAACGGCGAUGUUUAAAAACAUAUACACAUAUAUGUACACACACCUAAGAAAUGUUGUUGCAUAGGGUAAUUCUGGCAACUGAGUAAUAAGCAUUAAAAGAAAAAAUUGCAUCAUCGUCUUCCUGUAUUUUUUUAAUGAAUUGUGAUUUGAAACAAAAUUAAAUGAGCCAGGCAUUCUAGAAGAUCUUGAUUACAUGUUAAGAAUUUUGUUUUAUCUUAAAUGAAAUAGGAAAUCAAAGUGAAGAAAAGCAGGCAAAUUAAUUUUACCUUGCUUUUCUGUUAACCUAUACCAAGAACAAAAGUGGAAAAGCCAUUCCAUAUUUAUGGUGUCUGUAGGUGACUAGGGGGAAAUGCUGUGUUUUAGAAAAGAAAAAGUGAAGUCCUGUUUGUGUGAGUUGAUAUUUAGAAAAUUUUCUCACAGCAGUUUCAGCGGUACCUAUAAGAAUUGGGUGUUUUUUUAAUCAUCUCAUUGUGUGUUGUUGUAAGUGCCUUUUUAUAUCAUACAAAGUGUGAACUUUUAGGUAUAACUUCAUUGAGAAGACUAAGAAAUGAAAUGUCACAAUUUUUGUUUACCCUUUUCUAUGCUUCAAACAAUAAAGAUAUUUUACUUUCAAAA